AUGGCAGACCACCACAGAGACAACAGGGGCGUCCUCGGUGGCAGCGGCUUCGGCGACCGCGGCUACGGCUACGGCGGCGACCAUGGCCAACAGCAGCAGCACUACCAGCAGAAGCAGCCGGCCAUGAUGUGCGCCCUCAAGGCCGCGACGGCGGCCACGGCCGGCGGGUCCAUGCUGGUGCUGUCCGCGCUGAUCAUGGCCGGCACCAUCAUCGCCCUCACGGUGGCCACGCCCGUGCUGGUCAUCUUCAGCCCGGUGAUCGUGCCGGCGAUCAUCGCGCUGGCGCUGAUGGCGGCUGGGUUCGUGACCUCCGGCGGGCUGGGCAUCGCGGCGCUGUCCGUGUUCUCGUGGAUGUACAAGUACCUCACCGGCAAGCACCCGCCCGGCGCCGACCAGCUGGACCACGCCAAGGCGAGGCUCGCCUCCAAGGCCCGCGACAUCAAGGAAGCCGCCCAACACCGCGUCGAGCAGGUGCAGCAGGGUUAA